CAGUGCGCCUCGUCAGAGCGGUAUUUUAGGCUAUUUUGCAGUUGGGCUGAUAAUAAUUGGCUCCAAAUGAUAAAUACUUUAGUCAUUUCCUUGCGGUGUGAUGCCAUAUGCCUGAAGCCCAAAUUAUCAUAAUCUUGUGGUUUGAUCCCAAUGGCCAUGUGGUGUAAUAUGGGCGUUUAAACGAUACUGGGAAACCGAGCCCAGACUCCGAUGAAGAAUCAUGACUGACGUCAUAGAGCAGUACUUUGGUGCUGCGCACGAGGCGACCAUCAAGCUGGUCGGUGUCGGCGGGGUGGCCGACGUCACCAACCGUCAAGUGCAGCGCCGCGGUCUGCUCGGCACGCUGCGCGAAGUCUUCCUGCCGCAGGGCUACCCGGAUUCAGUCAGCGAUGACUACCUCGAGUACCAGGUCUGGGACACGCUGCAAGCGUUCUGCAGCAACAUCACGGGCGCACUGGCCACCCGGGCCGUGCUGCACGGCAUGGGCGUGGGGGACGCGGAUGCCACGCCCCUGGCCGCCACCAUCACCUGGCUGCUGAAGGACGGGAUGGGCAUGGCGGGCCAGAUCGUGUUCGCCUGGCUCUCCUCGUCCGGCCUAGACGCGCGGUGCAAGCAGUGGCGCCUGUUUGCCGACGUGCUGAACGAUGCCGCCAUCUGCCUAGAGCUGGCGGCGCCUGCCUUCGGGCCGUACGUCUUCAAGGUGGCAGUGAUCGGAGCUGGGCUGGCCAAGAGUCUGGUUGGCGUGGCCGGAGGGGCGACACGAGCCGCCAUCACCCAGCAUCAGGCACUCCGCAGCAACAUGGCUGACCUGUCUGUCAAGGACGGUAGCCAGGAGCGGGUGGUGAACCUGGUCGGCCUCCUGGCGACAAUGGCGCUGCUGCCGCUGGUGGCGGCGGGCAGCGCCGCCUCCUGGCUCGUCUUCUUGCUCUUCACCGUGCUGCACGUCUACACCAACUACCGUGCCGUCUGCGCCGUGCGGAUGGCCUCGCUGAACAUGCCGCGGCUGAGCCUGGUGCUGGCGGCCGUGCUGGCCGGCGGCCGGCACGACCUGAGUGUCGCCACCGUCAACGGACUCGAGCCGGUGGUGCUGGGCGCCGAAUCGGCGGCCGGGCAGGCAGCGCUGACCGGCAUGCGCGCGGCGGCCGCUCAAGGUCGCGCGCCGGCCGGGCCAAUCGGUGCGCUGCUGGCUGAGCCCGGCGGCACUGAUUGGACGGUAGACUGGCAGGCGGCGGCCGAGGGCGUCACCGAGUCGCUGUUCCCCAAGCUGAUGGAGCGUCUGCGGGCCGACGGCUGGGCGGUCGAGCAGUCGCUCUUGGAGCCGGGAGAGUACCGCGGCGUGUGGUAGGCGCGGUGCACAGCAUGGGGUGCAUGCUAGUUUCAGCUAAUUCAUGACGCAUUUGCCGUCGCACCCGACGGAAACUGCGCCGCAUGGCAAACUCUUAGGCGUACCUUGAUAUAAGGUGGAGCCGGGGUGUAUGGCGGCAUACGGGUGAUCUUUGAGAGCACUGAACCAUUCCGACCUUGACAGGGGCCAUGGUCUGCGCGGCCGAGCAUGUUUGCCAUUCGCGUUGCCACAAUGUGUCUAGGUGUCAUGAGUAAACUGAAACGUGGUCAGUCGGAUGAUACCGUGGCGCUUGAUACACCCGCGAGGAAUGCCGCGAUGUAUCGUGCACGCGGAAGCAUGCCGCGGCACUGGGACGCAUGGGUGCGGUGGUAGGUGGGAGGCCUGAGAGGGAGCGCGACUUCGGGGUGGAGUUUCAGUGCAGCAUCCGGAGGUCACAGCGCAGUUGUGCACGGGGGGGGGGGGGGGGGGGC